AUGUUGUGUAGGCUUGUGCCUGAUGCUGAAGUAGCAUCAUACAGCUCUGAUGAGGCUUCCUCUGGUGAGGAGCCAUCCAGUAGUGAGGAAUCUUCAUCGUCCUCUGAGGAAUCAUCCAGCGAAUUAUCCAGACGUGGUGGCUACCAUUCGCUUGACCUUCCUCGCUCCUUAAAUGAAGCGCUGCCCUGA